AUGCAGGCUGGGCUGCGUUGGGAUCUGAAGGGCCCGGCGCGGGUGUGGGGGCUGGGGGCACGCGGUGCCACCGUUUACCGCCAGGCUUUUGUGCUGACCACCGACAGGUCGGGCUCAGAGAUGGCCUCCCAGCGGUCUGUCUCCUCCAGCUCCCCGAAAAUUGUGGGCGGCGGGGUCUCCCCCAGCUCCCAGAAAAUCCUGGGCAGGGGCGUCUCCCCAAGCUCCCCGAAAAUCGUGGGCGAUGGUGUCACCCCCAGCUCCCCGAAAAUCCUGGGCAGGGGCGUUUCCCCCAGCUCCCCGAAAAUCCUGGGCGGGGUCAGGAAACCACACUAUGGUGCGAGGAUACUGCCUUUUGCCCCGGUUGGCGCGCGGUUUUACCAAAGGUUGCCCUGGGCCAUGGUGGCCAGAGCUUACAGCCAGUUCAUGAUGCCUAUCUCUGAGGCGCACCAGAUGCGGCUGCUGGGCAUGCUCGACCCACUGGACGUGGGCAAGACCUCGCCACUGCUGGAGGAGCAGCCGGUGCCUAAGAAGUUGUUCUGGGGCGACCAGGAGCCCCUCUCCAAGAUCCCAUACAAAAUUUUGCAUGACCACGAGCACAUGGUGAGUUCCUGCCAUUUCUGCGUGGAUGACACAAAGAUCCUUAGCGGCUCCUAUGACUGCACUGUGAAGCUGUGGGAUGCUGUUGAUGGAGUUGUGAUCCGGAAUUUUGAACCUCAGCCCAGAGCUCCUGUUUUAGAGUGCAGUGUCACAGCUGACAACAAGAGAAUUCUUGCAGCAUCCUACGACAAAACAAUCCAGGUUUGGGACCUUGAGACAGGAAAGCUUCUGUGGAAGGUCAAGCAUGAUAACUUCAUAGUCUCCUGUAAGUUUUCUCCUGAUGGUAAAUACGUGGUCUCGGCCUUGGAUGUGGACCGCGGAAUCAGUCUAAUGGAUGCGAAAAAUGGUACCACCAUCUCACACAUCAAAGAUCAUCACAAACGGUCGGUGACUGCAUGCUGCUUUGACCAAGACAGCCAGAAGGUGGCUUCAGUCUCGUCGGACAGGACCGUCAAGAUCUUGGAUGUUUUGUCCCAGGCCACGCUGCUCACCAUCACAAAGGCACACGCCAAUUUAAUCUCAAACUGCUGUUUCACCUUCAGCGGCCAUUUUCUGUGUACGAGUUCUUGGGAUAAAACCUUAAAGAUAUGGAACGUCCAUACAGGGGAGUUUCGGAACCAAGGCGCCUGUGUGACUUUGAUGCAGGGCCACAAAGGUUCUGUGAGCUCCUGUCAGUUUUCCAGAGAUGCCUCUUUUCUCGUGUCUGGGGGUUUUGACAAGACUGUGACUAUUUGGGAUGUAGGAGAAGGCUGCAAGAAGUUCUCCUUGAAGGGCCACAGUGAUUGGGUGAUGGAUGUAGCCAUCAGCAACAACAAGGAAUGGAUCCUGUCUGCUUCAAAGGAUAAAACUAUGAGACUAUGGAAUAUUGAAAAACUUGACCAAAUUCCUUUGGUAAUCAAGUACAAAAAGGCCAAGGGUUUAAAGGUGACACAGUGUGAAGGCUGUGACAGGCCUUUCUCCAUUUACGAAAGUGACAGUUCUGAAAUACUCACCAAAUGUGUGUUCUGCCGGAUGGAUGACAGGCGCUGGACAGCAGAGGCACCACCAUCAUCACCAUCGGAAAAGGUGAUCUCCCGAGCAAGUGAGGACAGCACAUACAAGGGGGACUCAUGA